GGGUGGCUCUGACCGAGCACAACCUGAGUCAAACCCUGCGCAAGGUGGAGCACGAGCUGAACAAGUACGAGAACAUCCUGGUUGAGGAAGCCAACGCCAGCAAGGAAAGUGCCGGCCCAGGCCUAGAUAGCGAGUACCCGUACACUCAACUACAUACACAGCCACCCACCCGCCCACAGGGCAACACAGACCUACACACACUGACUGCGGGUAAGACACAGGCGAGCCGUGUGCACGCACGUGGCAUGCACACGCUGUCGGGCGAGAUGAAGGGCGCGAGUGCCGGAGUGCACAAGACCACUGCGAUGGAGGCGGUGGGUGGCAUGAGCAAGCCCGAGCAGUCGUCGUAUGCGG